AUGUCUCAUUCAUCUACCUCUUAUUUGUCCCAAGGCCGCCAAAAUAUCUUGGAACCCCGACCUCGGUCGCGGACUCUUCAAUCCUCGACCAGCCUGGACAGCACCGUCGCCAUAGCGUCUGGGAACCAACCAAUUGACUCUGCGGAAGCUCUGGAGAUCAGUUGCCUUAUGAGCCAGUUAACUUGGAGACUUCUUGGUGAGCCAGCUGCCAGUGAGGUACGUCACCGACUUGACUACCUCGUUGAAAGGUUCAUGGCACUCCGGCUCGAUGGGGACGAAUUCGCCUGUCUCAAGUUUCUUGUCCUUUUCAAUCCUGGGAAGCACGGUCAGUGCUGA